GCCAUGCUGGACAUUUCAGCUGACCAAGGCUGGUUAGUGACAUCCCUGCGUAUCACCAUCCUUAUCCAGAUGGUCAUCCAAGGACGAUGGUCAACAGACAAUGCUCUCCUGACCUUACCACACAUGACACCCUACCACCUCAACUGUCUCAGGCCUAAAGGUGGAGAGGGUGCCAAAAGGAAGGGCACAGCCCUGCCAAGGGGCCCAAUCAGAUCCCUCCCGGAGCUUUUAGCUGCAUGUGAUGGGCGAUACGAGACACUUCUUACAAUGUUGGAUGGAGAGAUGGACAGAAUGCAAAUUGACCAGAUUUACACUGUGAUAGGAAAGUUACCUCAGAUCCAAGUGAACCUUUCCAUAAAGGGAUGGUGGGAAGGAGGUGAAGGGCAGAAGGAUAUUCGAAUCCAGAACUCUACAGAUGGUGGGCGUCGCCCAGACAGCGACUGGAUCCAGGUGCAUGCUGACCAAGAGUAUGUGAUACAUGUUGACCUUGUCAGGGUUAACAAGACCAAACGAAAUGAUAGUAAGGCCCAGACACCACGGUUUCCCAAACCUAAGGAUGAGGGCUGGUUCCUGGUGAUCGGGGAGAUAGAGAAUAGAGAAGUCAUCGCACUUAAAAGGACAGGAUAUGUUCGUGGACGUUCUCGUCAACAGUUGGCAGUGUACACUCCAGAGACAACAGGACGUGUGAUCUAUACAUUGUACCUAAUGAGUGACUCCUAUCUUGGUCUGGACCAGCAGUACGAUAUCUGUUUAGAUGUGAUACCUGCUAGUAUAGAGUCACAGGUCAACACAGAGCUGGUCGGUGAACUAAAUGACUUGGACAUGGAUGGGGGUGAAUGAUCCUAUAUGUAUGGGUAUUUCUGGUGGUUAUCUUUAAAGUGUUAGUGACUAUACCACAUCAGGUGGUCAAAAAUAAACCACACAAUACCUGGAUAUUGAAAAUGAUGAGUGGAUAUUUGUAUCUAUAAUUAUUGGGAGGUAUUUAUCAAUGGUAUGGCUGAAGUGAAAUCAAAAUGUCACACCUGGAAUUUGUAGUAAUGUACAUAGCCCAUCACAGAAUGAUACUGUUGGUAUGAGUACAAAUCAGUAGUGUCUAUUUUUCUCUUUGGUGUAUGAAACUUUGACCUUAUGACCUUUUGUACAAGUGAUAUUUUUAGGUUUUGUUUGAUUUUACUAGAAAUGUGUAAAGUGAUCAGACUGAUUUGGUUGUGUGAUUUGUUUGUUGAUAGUUUAUUGAACAUAGUUUAGUGUCUAAAAGAAAUAGAUGCAGAUACUGACUGUUAAACAUUUAAGCUUUGGUGUAAAUUGAGUGUACCUGCCUUAAGCUUUGGUGUAAAU